ACCAGCGGUACCGAUAACACAGAUUGUUGACGUGUGCUGCUGCGUGUCAUUUCGCUUUUCACCCCCGCAAGCCGGCGAUUUUCAGGAACGGAUUGGAUUGGACAGCACAGCAUGGCGGAGGAAGUCAUCGGAACCGUUAAGGAGGUGCUGAAGGGCAUCAUCGAGAAUGUGAACGCGCCGAAGAACGAGUCGGCGCCGGGCGAGAAGAAGCCCUCGACUCCGGAGGGCAUGGCGGUGGCCUACAGCAGCCUGGUGGUGAUGGCCAUGCUGCCCAUCAUCUUCGGCUCCAUCCGCUCCGUGAAGCUGCACAAGCUGAAGAAGUCAACGGGCGAGAAGGCGGACACGAUGACCAAGAAAGACGCCAUGUACUUCCCGCUGAUCGCGUCGGCAGCCCUCUUCGGGCUGUACCUGUUCUUCAAGAUCUUCCAGAAGGUGCACAUCAACUACCUGCUCACCGGCUACUUCUUCGUGCUGGGAGUUAUUGCUCUGGCGCACCUGCUCAGUCCGGUGAUCAACUCGCUGAUGCCCGCCGCCGUGCCGAAGGUGCCCUUCCACAUCCUGUUCACUAAGGGGGAGGGCAAGCACAAGGAAGACAUCGUUAACUACAAGUUCUCCACGCACGACAUUGUCUGCCUGGUGAUCUCCUCGGCGAUCGGAGUGUGGUACCUGCUCAAGAAGCACUGGAUCGCCAACAAUCUGUUCGGUCUGGCCUUCGCCAUCAACGGCGUGGAGAUGCUGCACCUGAACAACUUCGUCACGGGCGUCAUCUUGCUGAGCGGCCUGUUCUUCUACGACAUCUUCUGGGUAUUCGGCACCAACGUGAUGGUCACCGUGGCCAAGAGCUUCGAGGCGCCCAUCAAGCUAGUGUUCCCCCAGGACCUGAUCGAGAACGGCCUGAACGCCUCGAACUUCGCAAUGCUGGGACUAGGCGACAUCGUUAUUCCGGGCAUCUUCAUCGCUCUGCUGCUGCGCUUCGACGACAGCAAGAAGCGCAAGACGCGCAUCUACUUCUACUCCACGCUGAUUGCCUACUUCCUUGGCCUGCUGGCCACCAUCUUCGUGAUGCAUGUGUUCAAGCAUGCGCAGCCGGCUCUGCUCUACCUGGUGCCAGCCUGCAUGGGCACGCCCCUCCUGGUGGCCCUCAUCCGCGGCGAGCUGAAGGUGCUCUUUGCCUAUGAAGAUCAUCCCGAGGAGAAGCCCGAAAAGAAGGAGAAGAAGGAGAAGGACGAGGGCGUCAGCUCGUCCGGCAGCAAAAAGAAGGAGUCGAAAAAGGGCAAGUAGAGCCGGGAGGACGCAACAUCCGAACAACAUCCCCACUCGUUCCAUCGUAAAUGUCUUCUGCAGCUAGCCAAGCUCCCUUUCGUUUCGAUAUGGCUUCUCCAUCUACCGCAGUCCAUAGCUCAUAUGGACUAACACCGCUACAAAAGACGAUUCACUUACUGAGUUAGUUAUGUACGUUCCUUGGCCAGGCACAACAAUCUUAUUUAGUUCGGUUAGGUUACAAUUGUAGAAAAUGUUCCCUCGACUUUUUUACCGCAAUCAAUUUAAAUAUGUAUUUCAAAUAUUUCUGUGGCUCCGCACAGGAGGCUUAUAUGUUUAAGAACAGUUUAGAUACAAAUAUAUUCCAAUUUUUGUAAACAGUGCAAUUUUGACUACGAAUUCUACAUUGCAUUUCUUAAAACUAAUGCAGUAAUUUGUGUAAACAGUAAUGCGAAUAAAUUUUAAUUCUAACGUUU